AUGGAAUCUUUAUCACCUUCAAAUUACUCCAUCAUACGAUGGUUCGGUUUCGAUCAAUUUAUUCCCGAGCAAGCUUUUAAUUCACACUGGAUGUCGUGUAGAACCUUUUUUAUGGUUCGAAUAAUCCUAACUUUAUAUUCGACCAUCACAUUUUGGGCCUACUUCGUUGUCAUGAUUGAUCUAGGUAGAUUUGGUGGCUUCUUUGCGGCCUUCACAACUUUGACAUUUAUCGGUCUCCAUGCUUAUCUCGUCACUGCUUGCGUGUAUCAUUUUCGUUACCUGAGAUACAAAAAUGUCAACUUUCUUUUAAACCAACCCACUGUGCUCAAUUAUCUUUAUCUCUAUCUAUAUACCACGGUGAUGACGUUCAACGUUUUAACUCCUGUUGUUUUCUGGUCCAUUUUAAAUGCGGACCAAUCUACGAAUAGUUUGGUCGUAGAAUGGUUGAACGUAUCUGUACACGGAGCCUCGUUUUUUCUCAUGUUCAUAGACGUGCUCUUAAAUACCAUGACCAUACCUAUUCGUUUAGUACUGCCCGUAUUUUUUACGCUUAUUUCUUAUAUGCUGUUGGCAUUUAUCAUUUACGCUCGUGACCACACUUGGGUGUAUCCGUUUCUCAGUUGGGAUCAAGGGCCUUCAGCAGCCAUUUGGUAUUUCCUGGUUGCUACCUUGGUCAUUGUUUUCUUUUUUUUCAUGGUUUCCGUUCAUUUAUUACGUGAUUGGGUGGCAUGGAAACUUGGUAAAUUUACCAAAAACCAAAAAUACGAAAUCAAUCAUGAUCUCGUCUAG